ACGUCAGUCUAACUAGUACUAACUAGUAGCUGCCUUGCCAAUAGGAUUUAAGUUGUCUCCUGUGACGCGAUGAAGCCACCAGCCCGCAAGCGAAAUGCCCCUCAGCGCUUCAUCUGCAAGCAGGCGGAGCAGAGGCGGCACGCCAGAGCCCGGGAGUCCUGGUGUGUGUGGAAGACGAGCGAGCGGCGCCGCCUCCUGAUCGAACUGAGAAAGCAGCGCGACCGUACGGAGCUGGACGUGGCCGCGCUGCAAGCGAAACUCCCGAAGCGUUCCGUAGAGGAGAUUGACAGUUUGGUGCGGUUCCUGAAGGGAAAGGUGGCAAAGAGGGUGAGCAGAUACCUGUACAGAAGGAGGCAGGAGGAGGAGAGAGCGAAGGUGCCCAUUGUGGUGUGGUCUGAGAUGGCACAGAGAAUGGCAGGCUCUCUGGAGGGUGCCAUCUCGUCCGCUUUCUCACAGAUGCUGGUGAUCGCAGCCACGGAGCCGUGCAGCCUGCUGAACUCGGAUCCGCCCCGUCCUCUCAAGGCUCGUCAGGAUCUCCCGGCCGAUCUCCGGACGGUUCCGCCACGGCCCAUGCCCAGACUGCAGGCGGAGACUCCGUCGCAGUGCGGUACCCGCAGGAGGCGGGUGUCCGCCAGGCGUCCGUCCAGCCAGACGCCCAAAGCCCAGGCCCUCUCCCAAUGGCUCAAAGGUCAGCCCCAGCGGUCGACACGGGCGGCGGCCGGCCCCGGCGUCGUUGCUUCAGCGUGUGACUUGCUGUCCCCCAGCACAGGCUCUGCCAACACCGCCGCCGCCACCCCUCAAGACCCGUCCGAAGGAGGGUCUGCAUCCGCUGGCGCGGCCGAUCCCCCACUCUUGGCCCCUGGCUGUGCUCCUGAGAACCCCAAUCAGCAGGGAGCCACGUCCGCCCAAUCCAGCCCGUCCACCCAACAAGCAGCUGUUGCUGACAUUGGAGGGCCCGCCCAGGGGGCAGAGCAGUCCUCCUCCAGCACCGGUCAGGGCCCAGCAUCUGCUCAGCAGACCUUCCAGAGGCCUUUGAAGCAAAAGGACUUUGUCGUUAAUUUUAAGAACAUCUAUCACUUUCUGAAUGCGGUCAACAAGCAAGGAAAGAGGCCUCCCCUCACUGCUAUGGAGAGUGCUGUGAUCUUGGACCUGCUGCUGUCCCUGCCAGAAGAGAUCCCCCUGCUGGACUGUGAAGGACUGCAGGAGCACAUGUGGGAGAUGCACGCCCGCCUCACAGCUCCAGUACCAAAGCCCCGCCCCCCUGAAAGCAGCAGUCAGGAGGGUCACCCCCAGCCGGACCUUGUAAGCGGAGACGCGCCCUCAGGGACACGCACGCAAGAUGGAGAGAUCUCCAGUCAGAACGGAGGUGAAGCCGGCCAGCUACCAGCCUCAGUGGCCAGCCACAGCUCUGGGAGGGCUGUGUCUGUCGAUCUGACUGAAGGCAAAGCCUCCUGCUCUAGUGAGAAGGCGCCCACCAAUCAGGAGAGCAACUGCGCAACAGGGCAUGUUGAUGGUGUAACUCCUGAAGGUCAGAAGAGGUGCGGAAUGGAAUGCACCGGUCAGAGUAAAGCCUCCUCAGCCACUGCAGCAGCCAGCAGGCAGCCCGGAGCAGGACCACAGCCUGCACGUUCUGACCAGCCUGGUGCACAGAACCCAGCGGUGCAUACAGCAGCGACCUCAUCUGCAGUGUCUCAGUCGGCCCCACACACCACGCAGCAAAGCACAAGCCAGCCACACAGCGCAAAUCCGCCAGCCCAGAGUACUGUAAAGAAAAAGGCAGACUGGGCCAAGGCAGGUGUCUGCCCACUAAACCCAUUCAUGAUCCCCAUGAAGCUGCUGGUGCGAAAGCCUCAGCCGCCUGAAGGAUGAUGUUACUCCAGUGCUUUUCACUGCACUGAUGUUGGGGCUAUGAUGUCAUAGCUGUUAGGGCAGGAAGAUUGCUUUGUUGCAGGAAGAUGCUGGCUUCAGAGCGGCAGCUCAAACUGUCUGCAUUCUUUUGAAGAACGAAUGAAUUGAGUAAAUUAAAAAAUAAUGCAAAGAAGUUGUGUAGUUUUUAUGACUUGGGCUGGUUCAUUUUGCACGAUAAGUAGUUUAUAUUUUGUACUGAAAAGAGUUGGGUCGUGAAGGGUACAUAAUUGUUUGUGUGGCAUUUUAAGUUGAUUUUUGAAAAACAUUUUCUGUAUCUUUAUGCUGAAAGACAGCCGAGGUAGACUUUGAUGUAAAAGUGUGGUCAAACAGCAGGUUCUCAGAACUUAGAAAUGUCAGCAGUGCCGUGAUUUGCAAGUAGUUGUUGUUUCACUUCAGCCUUAGCCGAUUGAGGGUCAUUUGGAUGCCAUGGUUUAAAAAUGGUGCAAACAAGCGGUAUAGAGGUCUGUUUAACUUAUUGUCCAUGCAGCACAUUUUUUUCAUCAUGGCCAAAUUUGCAAAGCUCAGUAGAAGGAGCAUGUUUAAUACUAAUGCUUGUUUUGCAGUAAGGGAAGAAUUUAAUGUACAGUUUAACAUGGAGAAUGUAAUAUUAUGGUUCCAUGUCAAAAUGCAGCCACUAGAGCCCAGUAACUUUACAUCUAGAUUGGAUUAAUUGGUGUUGAUAUGGCUUUACUGAGGUAAAAACCAACAGGAGGCAGACACUCAUCCAUUCAUUUCCAGUUGCAGGGCAAAAGAAAGAUGCACUGAUAAAGGAGUAAUACCCCUGCAUGAUGUGGUGGUUUCCCAAACAAGCCUUGAGAAACAUAAGCUUGUGAGCAGUGUUUCGACCUACGUAGUUCUGUACGGUCUUGUGUCAGGCGAAUGGUGACAAAGGCUGUAAGUCGAGGUGUGUUCAACAACUUUGGGUUUCAUCAUGUGCAGUAAAGGCAGUUUGGGAGCUAUAACAAGCACUGCUGCUGUACCAUUUUAUUUUACUUAGACAGGUCUCUUUGUUAAAGUUCUUAUUGUUAUGUAAU